UCAGUUCGAGUUUGAAUUUCGUUUGGUGAGGUUGCCUCUGAGCGGUGCAGCUACAUCGCUAUAUCCACUGUGUCGACGUGUCUCCCUCUCUCACUCUCUCUUCUAUCUCUCUCGUUGCCCCCCGUUCGCCGCGCGUGUCGUGCCCGACUUUAUUUACCUUUCGGCAGGAAUUAAAGCCCACUGAGAUCGACUGAAAGUCACUAAAGUGCCGAAAAAGAAACGCAGAAAGCAGCACUUGGCCAAAAAGAAAAAAUAAAUACAAAAAGUUGGCGCUGCCCAAAAAAAAAAUAAUAAUAAGAAAGAAAAAAGCAAAGCAAAGUGCGCGUGUGUGUUUAUGUGUGCGUGCGGGCGUGAGUGUGUGUCUGAGUGCGUGUUGUUUUUUCCUCCGCCAAAAUGAAUCUUUCAGAUAUGCAAGAUAUGCACGACAAUUAACGCAGAAAACUAUAGAAACUUAAACCGAAUAAUUGGUAGUUUAGGUUUGUUAACAAUUUCGGAAGAUUAAACGAAAUUUUUCUCCGUUUCGUUGCGGAAUUUUUGUGUGGCUGUUUCACUGCCAAACGUUCCGGCUGGCGCUCUCUUUCCCCUCUCUCUUAUUGCCAUCGCUUCGGCGGAUCUCUCUCUCUCUGUCGUGUAUCGCUCGGGUUUCGUAAUUCAAUUGUCGGCUCGUUUCGCCAUUCGGUCCGUUCCGCCAACGUAUCUUUAUUUAUAUUUUGUUUCGUUUCCACUUCGGUCCCCUAAUUGCCCACUUUUUUGGAAAAUUCAAAAUACAAAAUUCGAAAUUCCCUUUGCUAAUGCCUGUCUUCAUUAUUCUCGCCCAAGCAGUUUCUCUGACAAAAUACUAUAUGAUUUCCCCAGAUUACACUCAUAGUAUAUAUAUUUUGUGCAAAAUAAAAUACAAAUAAAAACCAUAAAUAAAUUCAAGCUAGCCUUGGCAAAAUCAUUGAAAAAAUAUAUAUUUAAAAAGUGUACAAAAAGAUUACAAAAAUAAAAAUAAAAACAAAAUCGACAUAAAUAUAAAUAUAUUUAUAUACACAACGGUUUCACUUUGCGAGUUGUAUACAAAAAGUUAAAGCAAAAAUAAUAUAAAUAAAUAUAAAACAAAAGCGAUUUACAGUUAUUCACAGUGUGUUUGAAAAAUACACAACAAAAAAGUGCAAAUCAAUGUGCAAAAUCAAAUGAUUCAAAUAUUUAAUAAUUAUCACUUAUAAUGCCGCCUAACAAACUAAGAAAACUUGGAUUAACGCAUUUAAUAUAGAUUUUAUAAUCUAUGGGAUUAUUACUUGAAGUCUACGAAGAAAAAGGUUGACCACCUUUUGACGUAAUUAAUUAACUGAAAGUGUUUCAUAAGUUUUUCGUACUCGUUUUUUGUGUGAAGACCCCAAAAACAUUAGCAGCCGCAUCAUCAUUAUCAUCAACAGAAACGACGGGCACAUCUAACGCUGCAGCUAACAGAUGAGCCCCAACAACAGAUGUCAAUUGCUGCAGCCGAAAAUGCAGGGCUUAGCCCAAGUGACUUACCAGAUCAUUGGGCCUCAGGGACAUCAAAUCCAGCAACCUCAACCAGCAGCACUGGUGGUAGCGGCAGCAACAUCAGCCAUUUCAGCAGCAACAACAGCAGCGGUAGCAGCAGCAGUAGCAGCAGCACCAGCGGGGGCAGCAGCAGUAGUGGCAACAGCAAAUACAACAACAGCGGCAACAUAUCGGUCUGCAAUCUGCCGCGUUCAUCGCCGGCCGCUGCCACAGCAGCCGUUACUUUGUCAUCGGCCGCCGGCGGCGUUGGCAGCCACUUGCUGAGCGGCGGACUGCAUCACGGACUGGCGCCCGGCACGCAUCCGUUGCAGCGCGCGACGGCAGCGAGCGGAGGCGGCGGGGCUGGUGCUGGGGGCGUGGCAGGCGCCUCAACAGCAGCGGCACUUACGGCCCUCCAGCAGCAGCAGCAGCAGCAACAACUGGCCUACCAGGAACACCAACACCAGCAGCAGCAGCAGCAGCAACUGGGCAACCUCGGGUCGCUGCAACAACACCAUUCGAUUCACAACAAGGCAGCGGCCGCUGCCGCACAAACUGUGAACAUUGCAGCCGCGCUGCAGCGAUCGGCCAUUAUGAAUGCGGUGGCAUCGCCGAUCUCAGCCAACUCUGCCAACUCAGCGACGUCUGGCCGGAAGAUACGCCGCAAGACGGAUUCAAAGGUCAAUCUGCCUCAAUCACAAAUCAACAAAUGCAACAAUGAGAAGCGACGUCGCGAGGCGGAGAAUGGCUACAUCGAGCAGUUGUCGGAGAUAUUGACGCUGAACAAGCGCGGGGAUAUGACCUCAACGAAACCGGACAAGGCGGCUAUACUAAACCAAGUGGUUCGAACGUAUCGUGAGAUUUGUGACAAGGGCCAAAACCGUGAUAUAUCCUCAACGUCGACGAACAAUAACAACUCCACGACAACGACCAACAACAACAAUACGAAUAACAGCAACAAUAACAAUAAUAAUAACAAUAGCAACAACAGCAACAGUAACAACAAACCGCAAGCAACCUCAACACGCUGCAGCCGCUGUGCCACGGACAACUGCUCGAUCCAUCCGGUGCAGCAGGGCGAGGUAUCGUCCACUGAACCACCUCUUCCGGAGCCAUCGCUGUUGCUUGGCCAGGUGCCCGAGAUAUCGGCAUACUUCGAGGCACUCGAGCAUUACAUCAGCGGCGUCGGCUGGGUGCUGCUCCAGGUGAACGCCAACGGCAUCAUUGAGUCCUGCACGCAGAAUAUCCGCGAGCUGAUCGGCUAUGAGAAGCAAGAGCUGUACCACCAGCCGCUCUACAUGUACCUCUAUAAGGGGGAUCACGCCAAGCUAGAGCCGAUCAUCAACAACAUGUACAGCAAUCCCAAUGGCGGCAGCAGUAGCUCCUCCUCGGGCAACUCUGCAGCAGGUGGCAGUGGCGUGGGCGGACCAGGUCCGAGUGUCAACGUUUGGGGCGAUCUCGAUGAGCUGAACAAUGGCAAUGCGUCGCAACAGUCGGCGGGCUCCAAUUCAAAUUCCGGCGGAGGAGGAGGAGCUGGUGGCGCUGCGGUGGGUAAGUCAAAGCGCAGCAUCUCCACCAAGGUGCGCAUGCUAGUCAAGGACACGCGCACGGCCACCCAAACGUCGUCGUCGUCGAACUGCGAGGAUCAGAAGCCGCUGCGGCAGUCCGGACAGCAGGACAAGUACGAAGAGGUGGUCCUUAUAGCGGCCCCUGUCAAGGAUGAUGCGGACGCCAGCAGCUCUGUGCUGUGCCUGAUCACCCGCCCGGAGGACGAGUCGCCGCUGGAGAUCAACAUUCAGCAGCAUGUCCAGCAGCAGCCCAUCGAGCAGAUGACCUUCAAGCUGGACAUUCACGGCAAAAUACUCGACCUCGAUCACACGGCGCUGCGGGAGCCCUUCAAGCAGCACCUGCAGACGUGGGUGGGGCGACUCUGGCAGGAUCUGUGUCACCCGCACGACCUCUCCACGCUCAAGUCGCAUCUGCGUGACAUCCAGGACUCGGCCAGUGCCCAUUCGCCGGGCGCGGGAGCUGGCUCCCAUAUGGUUUCGCGUCCAUUUCGGCUGCGAUUGGGAGCGCCUGACGUCUACGUCCAUGUGAAGGCCAGUUCAAGACUGUUCCUCAACCAGACGCCCGGCGAGGGUGACUUCAUAAUGUCCGUUCAGACGCUGCUUAACUCGGAGAACGACAUGAACAGCAACAAUACGGGGACGGGCAGCGGUAACGGCGGCGGACUGGGUUUGGGCCAGCUUUGCGCCAUGUCGCCGGGUCCCUCGCUGGCCAGCUCGCUGCUCAGCAACCUGUCGAUGGACGGCCUCCAUGGAGUGACGGGCCCCGGGUCGGGGGGCUCCUCGUCUUCGCCGGCGGCGGUCACUGGCAUGCUGCCCACCCAUCUGCUGGGCGGACUGGUGGGCGGCGGACAGCAAGGCGGCGGCGGUAACAGCACACAGACCACGAGCGUAGGCGGUCCGUUGAUGAGCAGCGCGAUCAUCAACGGCAGUGGUCUUCAGCAGCAGCAGCAGCAGCAACAGCAGCAGCAGCGAUCCGGAGCCAGUUCGUCGGCCAGUGCGCUGGUAAACGCAUUCACCGCCUCGCCGGCACCCGGAGAGCACAGCUUCUAUGGCAGCGACACCUUCGAAUUCGACAUUGCAGAACAUUCCUCUUUCGGCAUAGAUCCCAGCGGCGGGGUGGGAGCCUGGACAGAUUCGCGGCCAAAUUCGCGGGCCUCGGUGGCCACUCCAGUUAGCACGCCGCGUCCUCCCUCUGGGCACGGCUUUAGUCCGGCUGUGUGCGCCUCGCCAGCCACGCCCUAUCAGCUCUCCUCGCACUCCGCCGCCAGCCUGCCGUCGCCGCAGUCGAAUGCCAGCGCCGGCGGGAACUAUGGUUUCAACUUCCAUUCCUUCGAGGCGGUCGAUGUGAAGCCCGAGAAGGAUGUCCAGCAGCAGCAGGGCGGCAGCAACAACAGCAGCGGGAGCAGCAGCAACAAUGCUUUAAUAGGCGGUGGCCUGCCCAAUGGAGUAGGAGGAUUGCUCCUCUCCCAGCAGCAGCAGCAGCAGCAGACGCCGCCCCAGCAGCAGCAACAACAGGAGUCCUCAGAACGACUGCGUCACCUGCUGACCAAGUCGCAGAGCAUGGCAGGCAGUCUUGGAGGUGGUCUCGGCGAUGAAGAGAAGUACUUGAAGCCGGAGGGCAGUGACGAGGAGAAGCUCGGCGGCGGCAGCUUUAAGAUGGGCGGCCAGCCUGGAGGCCUGGGAAUGUUUGGACCCAUGGGCCCGAUGGGUCGUGGAGGCCCCAACUCCAGUUCCAUGCUGCACAAGGCCGGCAAUUCGCAGAAUCCCAUGUUGCUCAAGCUGCUCAACGAGAAGACCGAGGACGACGACGGCAACGGUGGCGGUGGCUCUGGCUCUAUGAACAACUCCCGCCAGAGCGAGCUGAUGCGACAGCUGAAGAAUCCCGACAUGCAUCGGGGCAAUGCCGGCGGCAACAUGAGCACCGAGGACCUCAAGGCCAUGCUCAAGAUCCAGAGCGAUCCGUCGCAGAGUCGCAAGCGUUCGUUCAACGAGCCGGACGACGAUCCUUCCGCCAAGCGUUCAGAGGACAAGCCCAGCAAGCUGUGCACGCAGAACAAGAUGCUGGCCCAGCUGCUGCAGAAUCCGCCAAAGACACCCAAAGCACCCAAUCCGGAGCAGCCGUUGCAGGUGAAGACGCUGCCGGAUAUCACCAGCUCCAGCAACACUCUGGCCGCUCCUGGCAACCUCAUAAGCGCCGGAAGCACCGGACCCAAGGCGGCGGCCAAUCGCAACCGCAAGCAGCAGCAGCAACAGCAACAACAGCAGCAGCAGCAGCAACAGCAGGCCGCCAGCAAUCCUUCCCAGCAGCCAAACGAUGUCUACCUCAGCCAGCAGCAGCAGCAGCAGCUCCAGCCGCCGCAACUGCCCUUCCAACAACAGCAACUGGCGACCACAGCAACUACCUCAAUUACCACAGCGGCCUCCACUUCGGCUGCGGCGGCUGCAGCUGCGGCAGCGGCAGCGGCUGCCCUCAUGGGCGACGGCGACUCGGAGUUGUCCAAGCUGCUGGACAGCGUCAUGGAGUACUAUCCCGAUGACACGCCCAUCGUGACCAGCGCCCCCUCGGAGGCCUCGGCCAUUAGCGAUAUCCAAAAAUCGCUGAUGCUAGAUGUCGAGUCGGCCGCUUUUGGCAACGAUCUGAGCCAGCAACUGAUGAUGAGCCAGCAGCAGCAGCACCAGCACCAGCAACACCAGCAGCAACAGUUCUUGGCCCUGCAGCAGCGCCAGCAGCAGCAUCUCCAACAGCAGCCACCCGCCUAUCCGGGCAUGCUUAGUCUGCAGCAGCAGCAGCAGCAGCAACAGCAGAACCAGCACAUGAUGCAGAGACUGGAGGCCAUACGGAAUCAGAACAACCAGGGAUUCCAGCGACCGCCACCGAUGUAUCCAGCACGCGGACGGGGACCCAUGAAUGCGGUGGCCACUCCCGGGGGAGUGGUAUUGCCGGCCCAGCAGCAGAUUCGCAACAUGCGCCAGCAGCAGCAGCUGGCGGCAGCCCAGCAAAAAGAGCGACUGCUGCAGCAGCAGCAGAAGCAGCAGCUGCUCGUCCCGGAGAAUGCCACUGGCAUGAAUGCGGGCCUGAACAACAUUGGCUCGCUGCUCAAUACCACGGUGGCUCCCAAUGUGUCCCUAUCUCGCACCAACCUGCCCUCGGACGCCCAGCUCAGCCCGAACUUUGCUCAGACGCUGAUGCAGCAGCAACUCAGUCCGGGUCGCAGCACGCCCUACAGUCCUCAGCCCAACCAAGGCUAUGCCCCACAGUUUUCGCAGCCUGGACAGCGCUUGUCUCCGCAGCAGCAGCAGCAGCUCAAUCAGCAGCAACAGCAGCAGCAGAACAAUGCCCAGCAGCAGCAACUCGCCUACCAGCAACAGCAGCAGCAGCAACAGGUGGGCGAUGGUGUACGUUCCAACACGCCUUUCGGCUCCAACUCGGGAAUGCAGUCGCCGGGCAUGCAGAACAGUCCUCAGCAAUGGGGAGCUGGCGGUGGCGGCGGUGGCGGAGGAGGAGGAGGGGGACCUGGUGGCAGUGCUGGAAGGACACUGCAGCAGCACAAUCCCAUGCUCAUUGCACAGUUGCAGGGCGUGAGUCCGUACAAUGCGCGUCAAUACCAACAGAACCAGAGACGCGGCCUGAAUUCCCCAGGAGCCGUUGGACCCGUUGGCGGCAAUCCGGCGGCAGCAGCAGCGGCAGCCCUCCAGCGCCAGAACUCGUUCCAGGGGCAAGGCGGUGGCGGGGCCACAACGCCGGAUGGCUUUGGAGGUCCUCAGUCCCCUUACGGCGGCAACAACGUCAAUGUGUUCCAGCUGCAGCGACUGCAACGACAGGGCAGCGUGCCGCAGGCAACGCAACAUCUGCCAGGCUCGCCACGCUUUGGCUCCUCGCCGGGCAUCAGCAGCAGCAGCAACAACCACACCGAUAGCUCAGCCGCCGCCGGCAAUCAGCAGCAGCAACAACAGCAUCAGCAGCAGCAGCAUCAGCAGCAACAGCAGCUGAUGAACGGCCUGAGCAUGUCGCCGCAUCCGCAUCCGCACCCGGCCAUGAUGGGCGUGGGCGGCAUGGGCAGUGGCGGCGGCAAUGGCAUCAUUGGUCUCGGCGGCGGGGGCGGUGGCAACUACGGCGGUGGCUAUGGUCAGUCCCAGCCGCAGCAGCAGCAGCAGCAGGCGAAUGAUUUCUAUGGUCGGGUGCAGACCGCUGGCAAUGGCGGUGCCGGAGUGGCCGGUGGCAGUGCCAAUUCUGAGUUCGUCAAGCAGGAGCUGCGUGCAGUGGUCAGUGUGCGGGCCCAGCAGGCGGCUGCGGCGGCCACGGGCGGAGCCGGCGUUGGAGGCGGAGUGGUGCAGCGAGGACAGACGCCGCAGAGUCCGCUGCAGCAGGGACCGGGGAUCGGCGGUGGCGGCGGAGUGGUUGGGGGUGUGGCCAACAGUACAAACGCCAUGGGCAAUCUCACGCCCACGGGCAGCGGCAAUGUCAGCAACAACUCCAUGCUCAACACGCCGCCAGAUCCAACGAUGGGCUUCAGCUUCGAGACGCCUGACUUCUUCACCAGCAGUGCUACAAGGUGACCCUAAGGUGCCUAAUGCCAGAGACCCCCGAGGAGCAGCAGGAACCACCCACGCAUUUAUGGCUCCAAGCAACGCGCGACACACACAAUAGAAAAUCAAAGGAUAUAAAGUGAGGGAGGCGACGCGAUGUAAAUGUAAUUUAAAAUAUUAGCAGCACUAUUUAAAAAAUAUAUAUACCUAAAUAUAUUUAUUUUAUAAUACUAGCAAAUAUUAAUUCUAAAGCAAAAUGGGAACCUCGUCUAAAAGAAAUUGCAUAAAAAUUAUAUAAAUACCAGACACACACACACACGCUAUAGUUAAAUAUUUUCAAAAAUCUGAAAACGAAAAAAAAAUUCAGAUAAAAAAUGCAUAUUUAUUACGUUUAAAGAUAAAGAUAAUGUAACGCUAAGAGCUAUAUAUACAAAACAAGAAAAAAUGGAAAACGUAAUUAGUUAUGCGAUAAGUGCUGGCCGUUUCGGGGUGUUGUUAAAUUGAUAUAUGUACAUUUAAAAAAUAUAUAUAUGUAACAUUACUAUUGUAAAGCAUAUGGGAGAGGCAGCAGAGUUGGCUAUUCUCUAGCGAUAACAUAAUGUAUACCAUAUUCGACGGGGAGGAGGAGAAACCAUGUAAAACACAAACAGCAGCAGCAGCGUAUGGCAAAUGUAUAUUUAAAAUUAGUGUUGAAUUUGUUUUCAGUGUGAUAAUUUGUUAAAUUUUAUAUACUAAAUGUUGCUUAUUGGUUGCUUUGCUAUAUGUUCUUGCAUCUUUUGAACAUAUUUAUAUGCAUUCUGAAAAUAUUUUGUAUUGUUUUUUAUUUUCACUUACCGAUUGGACACGAACAUUUUUCUUUGACCAAGCUAAGUGCAGCAACAACAACAACAACCAUAAUCCCUAUAACUGUACAUAUACUUUCACUAUUAAUUAAUUUUGCUUCUUAAAAUGUAAUUCGUAAUUUAGUUAAUGCUCGUUUUUAAAUAAAUAUUGUAAUUACUUUUAAACACUUUUUUAUAUCAAAGCGAGAAAGCAAAGCGCGCAAAGCAAAGUCGGCGUUGCAAUUUCAUGUGAAGGCUAUUUUACAGGUUUUGUUUAAAAUAAUUUGUAAUUUGUAACCAUUUUAAUUAUUAAAAAAUAACUAUUAUACACUAAAUAUAUAUAUAAACACACGCAAAACACUUUCUGGAAACGCAAAAAGCGUUUCUCACGUUUUCUAUUGUGUAAUUUUUUAUUGAUUUUUGAUUUUGUUUAAAUCUUUUAAGUCUAUUAAGUUGGGUUCAAUCGUUAUAAAUAUUAUUUUAAAGAAGAAACGAUACAAAUGCUAUACAAAUAUUAUUGAUAUAAAUUUAGUUUAUAAUUUUAUUAAAUUACUGUUUAAAAACUGCAAAGCCCUAAAUAAAAAUUUACAUACAAU